UACAUGCAUGCGUAUGUGUGGGUUGCAUGUAAACAAAACGUUGCGUUUGCAGCACGAUACGGUUUCAGGAGCAGAAAUAAUUGUGCAUUGCGGUACCAAAUGGAGGACACCUUCCAGGACAGCGCUUCGGAGGAUGGGGGAUUCGAUCUGCGGCAAGAGAUAGCACGCAGCGCGUUCGCCGACAUGUGCCACGACUGGGAGCGUAAUCAGAAAUACGACCGAGCGCUGCAGCUGACGAUCGCCCGGCUGCACGCGGCAGGCCAGCAAGCGCACGUGCUGGACAUCGGUACGGGCAGUGGGCUACUCUCGAUGAUGGCCAUCCGUGCCGGGGCGGACAGUGUAGUGGCGUGCGAAGCGUUCCGCCCGAUGGCCGACUGUGCGGAACGGAUCAUUGCGGCCAACGGAAUGCAGGACCGGAUACGCUUGGUAAAGAAACGGUCAACCAAGGUGACGGUCGGUCCGGGGCAGGAUAUGGAGCGGCGCGCGAACGUACUGGUGACGGAACUGUUCGAUACUGAGCUGAUCGGCGAAGGCGCCCUCGGUACCUACCGCCAUGCCUUACAGCAUCUGCUGACGGAGGAUGUGCUGACGAUACCGCACCAGGCUACCGUGUACGCGCAGGUGGUCGAAUGUCCGCUGGCCCUUAGCUGGCAGCAGCUGAAGACGCUCUCGAAUGCCGACGGUGAUAUUCUGCUGCGAGUACCGCCGGAAGUGGCGAGCUGUCGGGGAUCGAGCGCUGUAUUCGACAUCCAGCUCAGCCAGCUGCCUGCGGGUAGCUUUAACGUGCUAACCGAUCCGGUUCCCGUGUUUAAGUUUGCCUGGAGCAAACACCAAGAGCUGAUCAAUGAUCGGUGCGAGCAGAGCGUAUGUCACGCCCGCACGGCCGGUUUUCCGCAGGCCGUAUUUAUGUGGUGGGACCUAACGAUGGACCGCGAGGGGGACGUGUUGCUAAGCUGCGCGCCGUACUGGGCUCAUCCCGAGCAUGAGGCGCUGAAGAAGAAGCACUCCGACAACGGUUCAAAACGACGGUUGCCGGAGGGAAACUAUAUUCCCUGGCGUGAUCACUGGAUGCAGGCGGUAUACUUUUUACCCCCGCUGAAGAUUCCACUUCAACGAGGCCAACAGUUUGUGCUACAAUCCUACCACGAUGAGUUUUCGCUAUGGUUUGGCGUUGGAGAGCAAUCGGUCAAAGAGCCGCUCACUGCACCGCACUGCACUUGCGGAUGGCACAUAGCGCAGUCCCGGUCGCGCAUCGGACAGCUCAACGAUAGUCUGCGCAACAAGCGGUACCUGAACUACUUUGAGCGAGUGUUUUCGAGCGACUCCGUUGUGUUGGUGCUUAGCGAGGGCUCGCUGCUCGGACUGGCCGCCGCCCGGAUGGGUGUGAAGCAGGUGCUGCUGUACGAACCGAACGCAAUCUCCCGCCGCUGCAUGGAAGCGUUCGUGGAGCAUAACAGUGUGGCCAACGUUCGGUUUCUUCCGUCCGCCGAUGCGCUGGAACCGGAGCAAGCGGCAACCAUUACGCACGUGUUUGCGGAACCACACUUUCCUUCCGCGAUCUUACCGUGGGACAACUUGCACUACGGAGAUUUGCUGAAGAACCUUCGGCCGUUGCUUCCCGCCAGCGUGACGGUGAUUCCUGCAUCCGGCACACUGUACGCACUGCCGGUAGAGUUUGUGGAUCUGUACAAAAUAAACGCUCCGCUCGGCAGCUGCGAAGGGUUCGAUCUGACGCUGAUGGAUCAACUGAUCGACCAGCACUCGACGUUUGCGGACUCACCCGUCGAAGCGCAACCGCUGUGGGAGUAUCCAUCCUUUCCGCUGGCCGGAACGACUCGCCUGAUCGAGAUCAACUUUGUGAAGGACUUCGAACAGUCUAAACUGGAGCGCGGCGAGUUGUGCGUAUCGGAGCCGGAGCGUUUGAACGGGAUAGCAAUAUGGAUCGAUUGGCAUCUGGACGGAAGUCACAGCCCGAAAACUACCAUAUCGAGUGGGCCGCUAGUUCCGGUUGAGGAAUCGUCCGAUGAGCCUACCAGGUGGAACACAAACUGGCGACAAGGCGUGCAUCUGCUACGGAAAACCCCAAACCGGAAGGGAACAAUUCCGUGGUCGGUGAAGUUUAAUCCCGUGUUGAGCAAUGUAUACUUCCGAUUUGAUGAGGAGGAGCAAUAAAAUGAUAUGCUUCGUGUUCGAAGAGCGAUUCAAA